AAUACAGAAACUUCUCUAACAUGAUAUCGAUCGACUUAAAAACUCCCGUUUCUGUACUAUGUAUGGGUCGUUCUUUGAUUAACACAGCCCCUUUUACCCCGCGAAGCCACAUUGUUCCUUCCUUCACUUGUCAGCUGUCAUUCCCAAGUAGAAAAAGUAGCCUCAAUAAUUGUCUGACCUAAGGCUCUCGACUUCCUCUCUUGGCUUGCAUUCUUGGCUUCGAUCCACAUACUGUUGCACGCCUCAUAACAUUAUAAGCUUACCCAGGUACUCAUCAUGUCUGACCAGUACGGUGGCCACCAAUACAAUCAGUACGGGGCACCGCCACAUGGCAAUAACCAGUAUGGUACAUAUGGAGGCCAGCCAGGUAACUACCCUGCACAAAACCAAUAUGGGCAGCCUCCGCAGCAAGGCUACUAUCAAUCUACACCUGCGUACGAUCAGCAACCUCACACCCAAUAUCCCUCGUACGGCCAGCAGCAGAAUUACCCCCCACCCUACGGUGCCGGCCCCCAGCAAGGAGGUUAUCCUGGCGACUAUGGCCACGGACAAGGCUCGUAUAUGAACCCACCGCAAGCCGGUGGCCACUCUCCCUACCCCCAGCAGCAAUCUCGCCAGGGUGAGAGUGCUUCAUAUUACGGCGAUAGCUCGCAGUCGGGUUACGCAUCUCACGCAGGACACGCCCCUGGCCCGGCGGGACAGGAAGGGGAGAGAGGGCUUGGUUCGUCGAUUCUUGGCGCUGCCGGGGGUGGUUUCGUUGGCCAUAAGCUUGGGGGUGGACUACUAGGUACGGCAGGAGGUGCAUUGGUUGGAGCUGCAGGCGCGAAUCUAGUCAACAAAGCUCACAAGAAGCACAAGAAAGAUAAAAAGCACAAAAAGGAUAAGAAACACCACAAGCGCAAGUCCAGUUCCAGCUCGUCGAGCUCGAGCUCAAGCUCCUCUUCCAGUGAUUAGGUGGCUCAUAAGGGGCAAACGAUGUGGUAACACCAGUGAUACUUCUUUUUUGCAUUAUCAUGGCCACAAGAGCAGGAACAGGAUAUCUUAUCUGUAACAGAAGCUGGUAUUAGUGUUGGUCUGUUGUUGCUGAAGCUUUUCGUUUUCUGUAUGUCCCUAUCCUUAGGUGAACCAAUAUUGCAGUUUGAGACUAUGAGACAGCGUAUAGCUGCAUUCCUUGGUUGCCAAUCAUAAUGGCCACAUGCCUCCAUGGUGCUUGCAUUACCCAACCUACUGUGUAUAAAAAACUCCACUUGAACAAGACUAGGAGCUUAACGUAGAGUGGAACCUCUGAGAAUCAGGAAAAGACAACACGGACAAUGACAUCAAGUAUGGUAGCCCCAUUGGUCUUUGAGAUACCAUAUCGCCACACGCGAAUCUGCUCUGCGUCGGAUACUUUCAUUUCUGCGGGUCGAAUCCGACAACUUUAAAGAAUAAUCACGGGAUAUAUGACGC